AGCAUGUACACACAGCCUGGCAGGUAUUAGCUCCUCCCAGGUGACGCGGCAGCGGGCGUUCCGUGCCUGUGUGACAUCACAGAGCCGCCGGGCUCCAGUCGUCUGUGUGUGUCAGUGUCAGGCUGCUGGGGAUGUGGAUGCUGCUGCCGCACAGCCCGCACCGGAGCGGCGUGGGGAGGAUGUCUUGUUGCCGGCAGCCAGGGAUGAGCGGCGCAGGCGGGCGCUGAGAGCCGGGAAUGGCAGAGUCCCCUCGGGCGCUGAGCUCGGGCAGCGGGGCCGGUGAGGCAGAGAGCGGCGCGGCGGGGGACGGGAGGUCGCUGUCUCUGGAAGAGAUUCUGGAUUUGUACAAUCAGCCCAUUAAUGAGGAGCAGGCCUGGGCGGUGUGCUACCAGUGCUGUGCCUCCAUGCGGGCCGGGGAGAGCGGGCAGCGGCACAGGAUAGCCGGAGCCUCGGAGAUCCGCAUCCGGAGAGAUGGAGCUGUCAGCAUCAGCCAGAGCUGCGGGCCAGGUGGUUCCACUGACUCCAGGUGUACAGAGACAGAGGUUAUUGUAUCGCUUGGAAUCAUCAUUUACAAAGCACUUGACUAUGGAUUAAAAGACAAUGAGGAGAGAGAGCUCAGCCCCCCAUUGGAGCGGCUGAUUGAUAACAUGACCAAUGUGGAUGAGACUGAUGGCAGCAACGAUGAAGGAUAUGAUGCUUUGGAUGAGGACGAGGAUGCCAGUGAAAAGGAGGUGCCAGAAUUUCGUCAUUCAUACAAAAAUGUUAUGAAGCUGUGUUCCUCUCAUCUGCCAACUCCAUCCGAAGCACCCAAUCAUUACCAGGCAGUAUGCCGGGCACUGUACGCAGAAACCAUGGAGCUGCACAUGUUCCUGACAAAAAUCAAAAGUGCAAAAGAGAGUCUAAAGAAGAUACAAGAAAUGGAUAGGAACACAACUGACAGAUCAGGUACAGAUCUUGAUGACCUGAAGAAUGCAGACUGGGCCAGGUUCUGGGUUCAGGUAAUGCGCGAUCUACGGAAUGGAGUCAAGCUGAAGAAAGUUCAGGAGCGUCAGUAUGACCUGUUACCUAUUGAGUUUGAGUUGACACCGUAUGAAAUGCUGAUGGACGACAUUCGUUUUAAACGCUACACCUUAAGGAAAGUCAUGGUUCAGGGUGUCAUCCCUCCUCGAUUAGAGAAGAGUGCUCACGAAAUAAUCCUGGAUUUUAUACGGUCCAGGCCACCGUUAAAUCCUGUGUCUGCACGGAAAUUAAAACCCACGCCAGCUCGUCCUCGUAGCCUGCAUGAACGGAUACUGGAGGAGAUUAAAUCUGAGAGAAAACUGCGUCCUGUGUCUCCUGAUGAAAUCAGGCACAGCAGGCUGGUAAUGCGGCCCCUUAGCAUGUCAUACAGUUUUGACUUGUCAGAUGUGUCUACUCCACAAGUGUCCAGAAAGCUGCCAGGGAGCCCAGCAUUAAAUGGCGAUGUGACUGACUUCACCAGGGCAAGCGGACGGUCCUUGCAAAUGACUGUUCAGCGGAAGAAGCUGCUGAAAGCCCCCACACUCGCUGAGUUGGACAGUUCAGAGUCCGAGGAGGAUAUCGUACGCAAGUCCUCAAGCAGCAGCAGUAGUGUUUCCAAUUCCCAGCCUGAAGAUUUGUCCACAGGAACUGUUGCCAGGAAAAAAAUUCCACCAAGAUUUUUGCCAAUAUCCUCUACGCCGCAGCCUGAGAGACGGCAAACUCCACAGAGGAGGCACUCCAUAGAGAAGGAGACUCCAACAAAUGUACGGCAAUUUUUGCCCCCAACCCGACAAAGCUCCAGGUCUUUGGUUCCUAGGAUAACCAGUUUCUUUCCAAGGAUGACUUUUCGACCACCAUUUUCUACCAUACACACAGCUUCUUUGUUGGGUUCUCAUCCUUUUGAAGCAGCCAUUUUUGGGGCAGCUGGGGCUAUGUUUUAUCUGUUUGAGAAAGCUUAUGCCGGCAGGUGGAGUGCCCCCCAGGAGGAGUUCUGCUAUCCGGUAGAAUGCCUAGCCCUCACUGUAGAGGAAGUGAUGCACAUACGUCAGGUGCUGGUGAAGGCUGAACUGGAGAAAUAUCAACAGUAUAAAGACGUCUACAGUGCCCUAAAGAAAGGAAAGCUCUGUUUAUGUUGUCGAACAAAGAGGUUUUCCUUGUUCACGUGGUCUUACACUUGUCAGUUCUGUAAACGGCCUGUCUGCUCACAGUGUUGCAAAAAGAUGAGAUUACCUUCCAAGCCAUAUUCCACACUCCCAAUCUUUUCCCUGGGACCUUCCACUUUGCAGAGAGGGGAUAGUUUCCUGAGGCCUGAGAAGCCUGAGAAGCCUUCCACCAGUCAUCACCGGACCCUGCGGAGCUUGCCUAAGUUGCCCUCCAAGUCAAAAUCUGUGGACAAGUCUGAUGAUGAGCUUCAGUUUCCAAAAGAGCUUAUGGAAGACUGGAGUACAAUGGAAGUGUGUGUGGACUGCAAAAAGUUUAUCUCUGAUAUCAUUAGCUCCAGCCGCCGAAGCUUGACGCUUGCUAACAAGAGGGCCCGGUUAAAAAGGAAGACCCAAUCAUUUUACUUGUCAUCCACGGGGACAUCUGAGUUCCGGCCCACAGAGAGAACAAUCAAUGAGAUUUGACUCUUGUGCCUUUUUUAUCUUGUUUUAUUUCCCUUUUUAUCUAGCUUCUGUGUUUAUGAAUAACCGGGCUGUCUUUAUUUUUUACUUGCUCUAAAAUAGGCUGCGUCACCAUGCAACGUUUUCUUUGCACUGGAAGAAUGCAGCUAUUGCCUUUUUUUUUUCUUUAUCUGUCCAUUCGUGAUUAAGUGUUACUACGUGGACUCCGACGGAGAUCAGAACAUUCUACUUGCAAGAGAAACCCAUCAGGGUAAAGCUGGCACUGUAUCCGCAUAGAAAAUACUACAUAUCCUGUUGCCCUUUGAAAAGUGUGGGACAAUUGUUGGGGAUUGUUUUUUGUGUAUUUUCUUUCCAUCCUACGUCCAUGUUUGUACUUUACUAGUCAUGAUCUGAAUUAGCUGUGGCCAAAAUGACAAUGAACGAUGUCUUAGUGCAGAAGAUCUGCUUGAGAGCAGUAGUGUCGGUGCUGAGAUAUUGGAGCUUCAGGUAUUUUGUUACAUGCAGUAGGGUUAUUGGUAGAAACCCAAGCUAGAGAAUCAUAGCACUUGUAUUUCUUCCCUUAGUGCCAAAUGAAGUCUUCCCAGACCAAACCUUAUUAAGUCCCUUUAUGUCAUGCGUUCUAGAUCCUCAUGCCAGUUUUGUUUCUGUGAGGGUGUGAAGACCGGUGUGUCAGGAGACUCUGCACAGGACUUGCUAGUGGCACUGGUACAGUGUAUAAUGUCUUGGUGUAGACCACCUAAGCUCAAGCCUGUUUUAACCCAUGUUGUGUUCAAGUGCAUUAAGUAGGAUAACAUAUAGCAAUAUGGUGGUGAGUAUUCAAUCAAACACUAUACAGGUGUGUAUACUAGCUGCCAACCCAUUCCUUCAUUUCUAGGUUUAUUUUCCUUGAUGGGGGAUGGGAAAUACAUUUAAAAAAAACACACAGAUACGCCGCUGUUCUUGGCUUAACUGUUGGCCUUUGCCGCAGGUAAUAGGUGUUGGACUGUAGCAAUAUCACAGAGGAUUCUGUAACUCCUUCUAUCCUGCAAACCCCCUGGUAUGUCAGUCUGAUCAGCAGUGACAGACCUGUAUCUUCCACCUACAGUAGCUGUGAUGCUGAAGACGAGCAGUUGACAAUUGCAGCUUGCAUACUCCUGGAGGCACUAUAGUGUCAGGUUCACUACCUGGUUCACAUUCAUGUAACAGAAAAUACUGUUUGUAAAUACUUGUACUAUAUUUAUUAAUAACUAGGCUGUGUUCUCGUCACUGAAGGCAGGGAGAUUUGACACUGGAGGAAAGCUAUAUUUAUAUGUACAUUGACCGUAAUAUAACGUCAGUUUUGAGCAAUAUGUUAGUCAUGCUAGAAUUCUCUGCAUUGAAGAUGUUUGUUUUUGGGUUUUUAUUUUUUUAGUUCUAUUUUAUACCCUACAAAUGUUUGAGGCAUUUAUUUUCUAGCUGUGGAAUCAGUGUAAACACCCUGUGGUGUAAAUUGAAACAUUUUUGACCAGUAUUUUGUUUUCUCAUUGGUUCCUGCUUGUUGACUAUCAGUGGAAGCCUGCAGUGCUUUAUUUCUGGUAGCCUGCAAGCUGUGACCGUUUGACAAAAACCUUUGGCACUCCAGCAAGCUAUGCAUCAUGGGAGUGGUACUUCACGUCCACCUAGAGUGCCAAAGGUUGGCUGCCCUUACCAUGUGCCCUUGUAGUGACUUGGGCCUUCAUUGAUUGUAGCUGUUUUGAAGUUUAUCUUAUUGAUGUGCUCUGUUCCUCGUUAUCUCUUUACCUCCCUGUAAUUUCUCCACAGAAGCAGCUUGCAGCGCUUCCGUGAGGACAAUAAAAUGCCUUGACAUAUUAA